AUGUUUUCGCAUCAUAAAGCCAAGGCUAUAGUAUUGGAUGCCAGUCCGCUGAUUACUGGUGAUUUUUCCGAGUAUCUGAAUUGCACAAAAAGUUUUUAUACCACACCAUCUGUCUAUAAUGAAAUAAAAGAUGAGGCGGCCAGAAAGAAAAUUGAAAUCCUGGGAUCAUACAACUUUACGGUUAAGCAGCCUGCUCCUGAAUAUAUUAAAAUUGUCAGAGAAUUUGCUAAACUGACGGGUGAUUCUACCGUGCUCAGUGUGAAUGAUAUAGACAUUUUGGCUCUGACAUAUCAACUAGAGGUUGAAUGUAAUGACGGUCGCAACCUAAACUGGGAGCCCGGGACGGUUCCUGAAAAAGAGAAGAUAGCACCUGCAGCUAACGCGGCCAAGGAAUCAAAAUCCGAACCGGCUUCUGCGACUGGAGAGGGCAAAAAGAAGAACAGAAGAAGAGGCGGUAAGAAGCAGAGGGCCAAGAGAGAAGCUCAGCUCGCUGAAGAAGCCGGUAAAGAGGCAGUAAGGGACCCCCCACAGGGAGAAGUAACCGAAGAAGUCAAGACCGACUCAGAUCUAACUGCGGAGACUGAGGAGCAGCGCCCUUCAGAAUCCCUGCAAGAAGAUUUCGGUGACCGUGACGACGACGGCGAGUGGAUUAGUCCCGAUAACCUCACAGAAGCGAUCACAAAAGACAAUGGAGAAGAAGGUGCAAAAGACAUUGAGGCUUUUGCCAAGGCGUUGGAGGAUCAGGUUACAAUUUUUACAUGUGAUUAUGCGAUACAGAAUGUCGCUCUCGAAAUAGGCUUGCACCUAUUGACCCCAAGGGUUGGAAUGCGAAUCAGAGAGGUGCGCAAAUACAUGCUCAGGUGUCACGCAUGCUUUAAAAUGCUGCCUCUUCCAGAAGAUGGCAAGGCAAAACAUUUUUGUCCAUCGUGUGGAAGUUACUCCACUUUAAUGCGUUGCACUGUCUCAGAAGAUCCUUUGACGGGCGCAAUAACUCCGCAUUUAAAGUCCAAAUUUCAGUGGAAUAGCAGAGGUAACCGCUACUCAUUGCCAAGUCCUCUAUCAAAGAACUCUCAAAAGCGUUUCGGAAAGAAGGGCUUUGUACAUACUAAGCAUGCGCAAGAUGUAGUCAUACUCCGCGAAGACCAAAAGGAAUACCAGCAGUCCGUAAAGCAAGAAGAUUGGACAAAAAGGCAUAAUGAUAAGAUUCUAAAUGACUGGGUUGCAGGUGGUUCAGCAGAUAACUGCGUAUCACCUUUUGCUAUAACGGGAUUGAAGCACCACACUGUGAAAGUCGGUAGAGGGAGGCACGUAAACAGCCCCUCAAAGAGAAAGUGA